CCGCACCCCACCCUCUGCUCUCCUCCCCCACCAUCCCGCAUCUCCAGCCAUGUCCCACGGCAAAGUCCUGUCUCUGUCCAGCGGACAGACGAUCCCCCAGAUCGGCCUCGGCACAUGGCUCUCGAAGCCCAACGAAGUUGAGAACGCGGUCGAGCUCGCCGUGCGCGCGGGCUACCGCCACCUCGAUCUCGCGAUGAUCUACGCGAACCAAGACGAGGUCGGGCGUGCGCUCAAGAAGGUCGUCCCCUCCGUCGUCAAGCGCGAGGAGCUCUUCAUCACCUCCAAGCUCUGGAACACCUCGCACAAGAAGGAGCUUGUCGAGAAGGAGCUCGACGAGACGCUCAGCCAGCUCGGCACCGACUACCUCGACCUCUACCUGAUCCACUGGCCCGUUGCGUUCAAGGGGAGCUCGGUCCCUGGCAAGGACUUCUUCCCGUCAACGAAGGAGGGCUGGGUUGAGCUCGACACGGAGACGUCGCUCGUUGAGACGUGGCAGGCACUCAUCGAUCUCAUCAAGACCGGCAAGGUCAAGGCCAUCGGUGUCUCCAACUUCACCAUCGAACAAAUCCAGACCAUCGCCGACGCGACCGGCGUCUGGCCGACCGUGAACCAGAUCGAGGCGCACCCGCUGCUGCAGCAGGACGAGCUCGACGCGUUCGCCAAGGCGCACAACAUCCACAUCACCGCAUACAGCCCGCUCGGGAACAACCUGGUCGGCAAGCCCAAGCUCACCGACUACCCCGAGGUGGUCGAGAUCGCGAAGAAGCUCGACGCGACGCCUGCGCAGGUCCUUGUUGCGUACGGCGUGUACCGCGGGUACUCCGUCAUCCCCAAGUCCGUGCAGAAAGAGCGCAUCGACUCGAACCUCAAGCAGGUGUCGCUCUCGGAGGAGGACUACCAGAAGCUGGUCGCGCUCGGCAAGCGCGACCCGACGCGGUUCAACGUACCGUACAACUACUCGCCCCGCUGGGACAUCAACAUCUUCAACGAGCCCAGCGAGCAGCCCGCGACGACCACGCCUAAGCUGAAGUAAGCAAACGCGUCCGUGUUCGCGGGGAGGGGCUGUAGGUUAUCGAAUCACUAGAGAAGCUCGCGUCAAUGUAGAUGUAAAUCGUGGCAAAUCAAAAAGUCAUACCCCAACAGUAUCCCAACUUG